AUGAACGCAGCAGUCGCAGCACCCGGAGGCAACAAGGCCGCCCCCCCCACGUUCAAACAGAAGGAGACGAGACAGUUCAAGAGCAAAGCUCCCAAAGCUGGACAGAAGAGGGGGGGGUUUGACGAUGUUCCAGGGAUGGAGAGUCUUGGAGGUGCGGAGGUGGUCUGUCCCUGGGAGGCGUUUGGAGACAUGGAGCUGAGCGACCUGGCUCAGUUCGGCCUGGUUUAG